AGAAAUUUAUUUUCCGUGUGAACGUGUGUGCUCACCAGAGUUUUUGUGAAUUUCUGAGUAACAGUGUGAGAUACUGUAGGAUGUUCCUGACACACUGUGUGAUGGGAUGGACUGUGUUGACAGUCCUCAGCUUCUGCCUGCCUGUGUGGAGUGCUGUGAAGGUGAUCCAGCCCUACAGAGUGGUGAGCAUCAAUGGUAUGGCACAGGUUGGGUGCUUCAUCGAACCCCAACCUUCCUUCCACCUGAAUCAACCAUCCAAUGAUCAAAGGCAAUACCCUUACCCCAACCCAGAGGAGGUCCGUGUGUCUCUGCUGAAAGGCCUCCACGGCACCCAGAAGCUCUGCUCGUCAGUCCCCAACUUCCAAGAUCACGGAGAGACGGGUGUGGAGAAAGAGGAAGAGGUGCAGUGCUCUGUUACGCUGAGUGAGGGCGCUGUGGAGGUGACAGUGUCUGGACUGAAAGCCACAGACACAGAUGUGUAUCGCUGUGGGAUAGAGGUCUUGUACCCACCACCGUACCUGCGGCUCACAGGCAACGGCACACUCAUUCAUGUGUUAGAUAACCCUGACUGUCCUCUGGAGGGGCCUGAGACAGCGAUUGCACACCAGGGUGGUGAAGAGGAGGACGAUGAGGGUGAUGAGAGGAUAGCACCAGUCAGUAUUCCUGUGGUUGUACUGGUGUUACUGGUCAUUGUUGUCCUCAUCAUCAUUAUCUACUUCCAGUCUGUCCAGUGUCAACAAGGGAGGAGGGAGAUCGUCAGAUCUGUGCAUGGUGGGCCUUACAAGGUGGAUGCUGUUGCAUUUUCAUGUGACGACAUGGCAUGAAAAACACAGAGUCCACUUAGCACUGAAUGGCAUUAGAAUACCAUGUAUUUUGAAUGCAGAGUGAGCGGUAGGGUCAGUAUUGGCCAUUUAUGAAAUAUCAAUCUGUUAUGAUUGAGGUUCUUCUUUUUAACCAAAGCUACAGAAGAACACCGAAAUGACAUUUGGGUGUCAGUGCAUAUUUUAUGUUUACGUUGUUGUAAACUCAAAUUAUAUUAAAAAAAGCUGUAGCUUUGAUUAUGUUUCCACUGAGUUGAGUUGCUGAGGCGCCUAUAGGUGGUGCAGCUGGAAAGGCUUGAUGUUUGAUUAAAAACAGAAUUAUGUUUAUGUUGGCUAAAUGCUCCAGUUAAGAAAAUGCAAUGCUUUGCAUCUGUUGAAUAUGUUUGAAUUACUGUAUAUUUUGUUGCC